UCUGUUCUUAUCUUGUGGCAGUGACAUAUUGCUGAGUUUUGGUCUAUAUAACACCCUUUGAAGAUUUAUCCCAUUCAACAGGAUCGUGGUUCAUAAAAGAAGCUGAUUUCGGGAAGUCUAGUUAUCAUCUGACAAGAAGUUUGGGAAAACUUAUUGAGGUUGAUUGUAUUAGGGUUCUGAUCCAAUAGAAGGGUGAGAGUAAAACAUGGGUCAAUUAUGCGAUUUCUGUGGGGAGCAACGAUCGAUGGUAUACUGCCGGUCUGAUGCUGCUUGCCUAUGUUUGUCCUGUGACCGGAAUGUCCACUCUGCAAAUGCUCUUUCUAGACGCCAUUUAAGGACCCUUCUAUGUGAAAGAUGCAAUUCUCAAUCUGCCACAGUUAGGUGUCUUGAAGAGAAGAUAUCACUUUGUCAAAAUUGCGAUUGGAAUGGGCAUGGCAGCUCAACCUUGGGUACAACACAUAAGAGGCAGACAAUCAACUGUUACUCAGGGUGCCCUUCUGCAGCAGAACUUUCUAAGAUCUGGUCAUUUAUUCUGGAGUUCCCAUCUACAGAUGAUUCUAAUUGUGAAAAGAAAAUGGCUUUAAUGAGCAUCGACGAGGACAACGCCAGUAGUUGUUGGGGGCCUACCGAAAAUAUCAGCACUAUAGACCUUGCUGAUGCAAGCAGAAUGAAAGAUGUGGAAGGUGUUGAUAAGUCUGGUAUGUGGGUGGGAUCCUCUUCAGUGCCUGCACCGGAUCCCAUGCCAUGCUGUGUAGAUCAGCCAUCUGGAUCUGUGGAUCCAAUCACAACCAAGUUGAGCUGCCCUGGAACAAAGAUCCUUGGAGUCUGUGAAGAUGAUGAUCUUUAUGAAGAUUUCAGUGUGGAUGAUGUUGAUAUGAACUUUGAGAACUAUGAAGAACUCUUUGGUAUGUUCCAAAAUAAUUCAGAAAAGAUUUUUGAGAAUGGUGGGAUUGAUACCUUGUUUGGGACAAAGGACAUGUCUGCUGCAGAUUCCAACAGUCAGGGUGAAUUUGUGACACAGGGGUCUUUGGCUGGACAGAUCAAAGCACUGCAGCCAGAAUGUAGCAAUGCAGCGUCUGCUGAUUCCAUAAUCAGCAGCAAAACUGAACCUAACCUCUGUUUUUCUUCAAGGCAAGCCCAUUCAAGCCUCUCGCUUUCAUUUUCUGGCUUGACUGGAGAAAGUAGUGGUGGAGAUUACCAAGACUGUGGCGUAUCAUCAAUGAUUUUAAUGGGUGAGCCUCCAUGGCUUCCUCCCUGUCAAGAGAAUUCAUUCCCAUCAGCUAGCAGGGACAGUGCUGUCAUGCGUUACAAGGCCAAGAGGAAUAGUAGGAGGUUUGAGAAGCAGAUCAGGUAUGCCUCUCGCAAGGCCAGGGCCGAUGUAAGAAGGCGUGUGAAGGGCCGGUUUGUUAAGGCAGGCGAUGCCUAUGACUAUGACCCAUUGUGCCAAACCAGAAGCUUCUGAGAGUACAGUUUUAAACCAUAGGUUAUAGAAAGAAAAAGGCUGCUUUAAGAUCAACUUUGGAAAAUUCCAAAUUGAUUGUAUUUGAGUGAUUUGAUCUGUUCCCUUUUUUUUUGCAAUGACAAAUUAUACCCUUGUUUCACAGCAGCGCAGGGUUGUCAUCUGUAAAAUAAU